GAUAUGCCUCCAUUGAAGCUUAUGCAUAUAUUUCUGCGGCAUUUAGCUGAACUGCAUAAGCUUUCCCUACUCUGACCUCUUGCCGUCAACCAUGGUGAACGUUCCAAAGACCAAGAAGACAUACUGCAAGUCCAAGGAGUGCAAGAAGCACACCUUGCAUAAGGUUACUCAGUACAAAAAAGGAAAGGAUAGUCUUGCUGCUCAAGGAAAGCGUCGUUAUGAUCGCAAGCAAUCUGGUUAUGGUGGACAGACCAAGCCUGUCUUCCACAAAAAGGCCAAGACCACAAAGAAGAUUGUCUUGAGAUUGCAAUGCCAGGGAUGCAAGCAUGUUUCACAACAUGCAAUCAAGCGUUGCAAGCAUUUUGAGAUUGGUGGAGACAAGAAGGGGAAGGGAACAUCUCUCUUUUAAAUUGCAAGUUUUGGGAAAUCAGAUGUUUUUUUUUUCCCCUUUGUGCUAUGUCAUCAUGGUUGUUUAAGUCAAACAAUUUAGCUUUGCAGAUUUUGUUGGUUCCAUUGUAAUGGUCAGAGUUUUGUAGUUGACGUUUAUCAUGAUUGUUAUUCUAUUCUAAUUUUGUGGAUCUCAAAUUCUGUUAUUAUACUUAUGUCUCGUAGUGCUUCAGUG